GCUCCCAGCAGCACCAUGACAGCCAGAAGCAUCUUUCUCCUGCCACGGCUCCUCGCCCUCUGCCUCUGCCUCCGGCCUGCCCCGGCUCAGGAAGACGCAGAGAGGCGGGCGGACUUGUGCAAGCUGCCUCCGGAGCAAGGCCCGUGCCGGGGGCGAAUCCCCCGCUUCUACUACAGCGCCUCCUCCAAACGCUGCGAGCUCUUCACGUACGGCGGCUGCCAGGGCAAUGCCAACAACUUCAAGACCGAGGAGGACUGUGUGGCCGCCUGCGGGGACCGAGCGGUUUGCAAGCUGCAGUCUGACCCCGGCCCGUGCGACGCGCUGGUCCCGCGCUGGUUCCACAACCCACAGGCCAGGAAGUGCGAGAGCUUCAACUACGGCAGCUGUGGCGGCAACGGCAACAACUUCAAGACGGAGGAGGCCUGCCUCAGGCUCUGCCAGGGCACGGUGGAGUGCCCGCCGCCCACCCUGCACUGCGUCUGGUCCUUUCCUCCCCUGUGCGGCCCGCGGAGGCCGUGUGCCCCGGGCAAGACGUGCUGCUACCACCAAUGCCGGUUCCAGUGCCUGGACCUCCUGAAAGAGAAAGCUGGGACGUGCCCUCCUGACCCCGUCCGGUGCAGUCAGCCCCAGCCCAACGAGUGUGGCCGUGACUACGAGUGCAGUGCGCAGCUGAAGUGCUGCCACUGGCGAUGUGCCCGGCGCUGCGUGGAGCCUGUGCAAGAGUGAUCACCAGGCCAAGCCUGAGGAGGAGGCAUCGCGGGGAGCAGGUCUGAUGCUGCCCAGCAAGAUGGCAAGGACCCUCCUACCCCGGGCCUGGACACGGACCCAGACCCGGCAUGAAGAUCCUGAGGGCAGCUCCUCCUUUGGCCGCAUACCCACUUGCUGCAUCACCUGGCAUUGCCCUGCACCCUGAGCCAGCCCUGGGUUUGCUCCUCUUCGUGUCUGCCCGCAGCGGCACCAGGGCUUGUGCCCAGGGCCCGCUCUCUACCCCCUGCGCUCCCACUGCAGACGCCUCUCAAUAAAGACACUCCUUCCUGCA